UAAAACCCAUAAGAUUACUGUUGAGUCUGCCUGAUAUUGGAACCAGGCAGCUUUUUAAAGGUAACUUUACAAAUCUCUGAUAUAAUGCACUCUAUAUUGCUUUUACAGUGUAUAGAAAAAUCUCAUAAGUAUGGGUCAUAGGUGGGCAGGCCUGGGUUUAAGACUAGGUUUUGCUAUACAUUAGCUAAAAACUUUCGGGUAAAACUCUGUUAGCUUUCUUUACCUUUAAAAUGAUAAUACUGGGGGUUAAAUGACAUAACGAAUGCGGGGUGGGGGGGGCCUCACAAAUUUCCUGGCCCAGAACAAGAGAUCAGUACAAUAGCUUCCCCCUCAUUCCUUUCUUCUCUUCCUCCAUUGUUUAUUUCCUCAUUCUCUUCCCUUUUCUUCAUUUGUACUCUACAUCCUUCCCUUUCCUAUUUUCUCUCUUCCUCUCAUUGAAUUAAUGAUUUUUAUAUUUGUGAAUUGGUGUAUGUGGACUUGUUUUUAAUUUUUUAAAAUUUUCUCUGACUUCUUACAGGUAAAAGAGAAAAAGUAAAAUGGAAUGGGAAAACCAAACCAUUCUGGUGGAAUUCUUUCUGAAGGGCCUUUCUGGUUACCCAAGGCUCGAGCUACUCUUUUUUGUUCUGAUCUUAAUAAUGUAUGUGUUCAUUCUUCUGGGCAAUGGCACCCUUAUUUUAAUCAGCGUCUUGGACUCUCACCUUCACACACCCAUGUACUUCUUCCUGGGGAAUCUCUCCUUCCUAGACAUCUGCUACACCACCACCUCCAUUCCCUCCACACUGGUAAGUUUCCUCUCAGAGAGAAAGACCAUUUCUUUUUCUGGCUGUGCAGUGCAGAUGUUCCUUGGUUUGGCCAUGGGGACGACAGAGUGUGUGCUCUUGGGCAUGAUGGCCUUUGACCGCUAUGUGGCCAUAUGCAACCCUCUAAGAUAUCCCAUUAUUAUGAGCAAGAAUUCCUAUGUGCCCAUGGCAUCUGGGUCCUGGUUUGCAGGGGUUAUCAAUUCUGCAGUACAAACUAUGUUUGUGGUACAAUUGCCUUUCUGCAGGAAUAACAUCAUCAAUCAUUUUUCCUGUGAAAUUCUGGCUGUCAUGAAGUUGGCUUGUGCUGACAUCUCAGGCAAUGAGUUUAUCAUGCUCGUGGCCACAACAUUGUUAAUAUUGAUGCCACUGCUCUUGAUUGUCAUCUCGUAUUCACUAAUCAUUUCCAGCAUUCUCAAGGUCCGUUCCUCUGAGGGGAGAAGCAAAGCCUUCUCCACCUGUUCAGCCCACCUGACUGUAGUGAUUAUAUUCUAUGGGACUAUUCUCUUCAUGUACAUGAAGCCCAAAUCUAAAGAGACACUUAAUUCAAAUGCCUUGGAUGCUACAGACAAACUUAUAUCCAUGUUGUAUGGGGUGAUGACUCCCAUGUUGAAUCCUUUAAUAUAUAGUCUCAGAAACAAGGAUGUGAAGGAGGCAGUAAAACUGCUACUAAAGAAAAGGUUCAUUAACAAGCGAGUAGAAUAAUGAAUUGUGAACACGUUGGACAUUAUUGAAACUUGAGAAUUAUGUUGGAAUUUCAGGUCCUUUUCCUUUUUUUACACUCUCAUGUAUUAUGUUAAAAUUUUUCAUAAUGAGAUAUAACAUUUCAAAAUAAUUCAUGUUUAUUAUAGAGAAUUUGCCAGACAGAGAAGAAGGAUGAGAACAGGAGGUCACCCAUCAUUUCACCACUAGGAGAUG